GAAGGAAAACACAGAGAGAGAGAGAGAGAAGAGUGCGUGGUGAGUUAGAGAGAGAAACAAAACAAAACAAAACAAAACAAAACAAAACAAACAGUAAAGAGUGCGUGAAUUAGAGAGAGAAAGAAACUGUGUGAGUGUGUUGGGUUUGGGGCAUGGAAGAAGGGGUUGCCAUGCUUCGGCACCUCAUCGGACAGUUGAAGCAUCUCUCGGAGUCGGACCCCUCACAAUCUCCUUCAUUCAUCCUUCUGCAACAUCACACUAAUCCUCAACCGCCACCCAGAUGGUCCUUCUUUGACAUUGAUGAUAACUCCGUAGAUGACUUCUGUGACCUUGUAAUGACAGCUGGAAAGUCUGCAAGUUUCAGUACAAUGGACCUUGUAAAGCAUCCGUCUACUAAGAAGUGUCGAAGAGAUAGGAGCAAGGAAAAGUCAUCUAAAAGAUCCUCUGUGACUGAAGCUAUGGAAGAACAAAUUUGGAAAGAUUUUCCUGAAGAUCUAUUUGAAGCUGUGAUUGCGCGACUUCCCAUUGCCACAUUCUUCCGCUUCCGCUCUGUAUGCCGAAGAUGGAAUUCCUUGCUGGCCUCUGAAAGUUUUUCUCAGCACUGUGCUCAAGUUCCACAAGCAAAUCCAUGGUUUUACACCAUAACUCAUGAACACGCAAACUCGGGAGCCAUGUAUGACCCUUCUGUGAAAAAAUGGUAUCAUCUGACUAUAUCAACACUGCCCACAAAGUUGAUUGUUUUACCAAUGGCUUCUGCCGGGGGUCUAGUUUGCUUUCUUGACAUUGGUCAUCGAAACUUCUAUGUUUGUAAUCCACUGACUCAAUCCUUCAAGGAGUUGCCGGCCCGGUCGGUUAAGGUCUGGUCUCGCAUCGGUGUAGGGAUGACAAUAAAUGGGAACUCCUACAAGAUACUGUGGGUCACUUGUGAUGGAGAGUAUGAAAUUUAUGACUCAGUGGGAAAAUCUUGGAGCCGUCAAGGAAACAUGCCUGCAGGUAUUAAACUUCCGUUAUCACUCAAUUUCAGGUCACAGGCUGUUUCUAUUGACAACAAGGUCUACUUCAUGCAUUCAGAUCCAGAAGGGAUUGUUUCCUAUGAUAUGGAAACCGGGGUUUGGACACAGUACAUGAUCCCGGGGCCGCUGCACCUGACGGACCACGCGCUGGCCGAGUGCGGUGGCCGGAUCAUGCUUGUGGGGCUACUCUCGAAGAAUGCCGCCACUUGUGUGUGCAUAUGGGAGCUGCAGAAGAUGAUGUUGUUGUGGAAGGAGGUUGACAGAAUGCCAAAUGAAUGGUGCUUGGAUUUCUACGGGAAGCACGUUCGGAUGACUUGCUUGGGGAACAAAGGCUUGCUUAUGUUGUCCUUGAGGUCAAGACAGAUGAAUCGGUUAGUUACUUAUAACAUCGCGAGUAGGGAAUGGUUGAAGGUUCCUGCGUGCGUGGUGCCACAUGGAAGAAAACGGCAAUGGAUAGCGUAUGGUACUGCAUUUCAUCCAUGCCUUGCUGCUGUGGCUUGAUUUAGCUUGUAUGGUACAACAAUGGUUCAGGAACAUUUCCCUUCAAUCAUUAGUUCCUUUGCUAUUUUCUUUGCUGGCCUUUGAUGUUGAUGUAGUAAUGAUAAUGUUCUUUUCUGGUUAACAAAUCAGAUGGAAAAUGAUAUGGGUUUGUAAACUUGACGUUUCUUCAAUACUUAAUGCUCUCAGGCAUUCAGUUUGAUUA